CGGCGAGAGUCCUAACCACUGUGCUACCGACGCACAGUCAUGCUCACAUUGUUUUAGUGAUUUAAACUUAUGUUGAAAUUUUGUCCCAGCACUUUCAUACCAUUUACUACAUCUUGUUUACUAUGAUGUUUGGAAAACGUUUUUGGGGUUGUUGGUUCAUGACCUAAAGGACUGCUCGUUUAGAAUGUGUUAGGGCAUAAUCCUUAUUCGGAUACGGUUUGAGAUAUCCCAGACUAUGAAUCAAAAUCAUGGUGGAUCAUGUCGUUAGUCUCUUUGCUCUUCUGUAUUUUCGUCAUAUUACUAUUGUUUAUUGUGUUUUUGCAUGUUUUUCAAGGUUGUGCUUUAAUUAAACGGUGAAAUAGUGGACCCUUGUGCAUCUUCUGUAGGAGCCUGAUGUAAACGUGUCACCAGCUGGAAUUAUUCUUCCGGUCUGUGUGAUAGGUAGUCGUUACUGCCACAUCAGGAUAGCAUUUUAUUUUCAAUUCACGCCAAAGGGAAAACAGCCUAAUGAGGAAUUCAGCACUAAUCGCUUUAAAUAUCAGUCCUAUUAAGUGUAAAACAAAUUUUGAAAUGUUAGUGAUAACAACAGGAGGUGAUUGCUGUCACUUGAUAGUCUAAAAGACGUUUACAAUAGCGAGUGCCAAAUUAUUCAUUAGGAUUUUAACUCCACCCAUAAUAGAUCGAAACGCACAUUAUCGGUUACAACUUUUAACUACAAAUGAUCAGAUAAAAUUGAAUAUGAAUCAUAAAUUUUUUCUUAGGCCGAUGAAAAAAAUUUAUCUUAUCAAUCUCCUUCCUCCCUUGCAGUUAUUUUAUGAAGUUUGUGCAGGUAUUUUUAUGGUAGGUAUGUAUUAUUGUAAAAUAUGGUUUCUUGUAUAGCUGUGUCCAGUCUGUCUUUAACAAAAUGCCCUUUGUUAUCUUUUUGCCUAUCUUAUCUAGAUGUAUUCGUCUAGCUAAUACGAAAGCCAAAUGUCUUGUACCGUUGUUAAACUGGGUUUUAGAAGGUUUAUCUGUUCAACGAGAGGCGAUUUUAGCUGUUUCUCAUGCACGUUCCAGUGAGAUCAAAGAAAGCAGUCAGUCCAUGUUAAAUGCUCCGUUGGUGUUGUCAACUUCAUCAUUUUUGUUGGAGGGAAACAAUCAAGCCAAUGAUGAAUCGGCUAUAGGCAGAGAAGAAGGAGAAAUUUUGCCAAGAGACAACGACUUUAAUUUAGACUCAGAUGAUGAUAUGGAUGUAGUUAGUUCUGAAGAGGAUAAAUCAUCUGCUACAGCUGUACACAAUAAGCAUCAGUCUCCCACAAAAUUUUUACCUUAUGGUGUGAUUGAAGUUUCCAGCAGUAGUAAUCGAAAUGUAGACACAGAUAUUGCUGACUCAUCUGCAAAUGAACUAUACGAAUUUGAUCCUGUGCAUAUGUUUAGUGCAGGUUCUCUUAUCCCAGAGGCUGUAAAUGAAUCUAAUACUGAUAUUUCCACUGGAAUUGACGGUAUAAUUAGAUCUGCAAAUGAGGAGGAUGAAGAAGAUGAAGUCAUUGUCUUAAACCUUGUAUAA